AUCCGAGAAUCUGCGUUUUGUAUACAUACCACCAUGUCUACUGUUGAGAAAUUGAACUCGUCUGAGAAUCCAACGUACCCCCAUAUCCUCUCGCAUGCGACUAAGGUCCCAGGUUUGAUCUUCCUCAGCGGUCAGACUCCUGUGGAUAGUCAGGGCCAGCUGGUUUCUGGAGGGAUCAAGGAACACACUGAGCAAUGCAUCAAGAACUUGGGGAAUGUACUCAAAGCUGCUGGCUCUUCAUGGGAGCAGGUAGUGAAAGUCAACGUUUAUCUUAAGAACAUGGACGACUUCGCCUCCAUGAAUGAAGUAUAUGAGAAAUUGCUGCCAACGCCCAAACCUGCUCGUACUUGCAUCCAGGCUGCGAAGCUGCCCAACGACGUGGACGUGGAGAUCGAAGCCAUAGCAGCAGCCUAAACACUUUACCAAGGAAUGUUACGCAUCCAACAGUCGCCGUUUCUGUAGCCAUACACGGUUGUUGGAAUGCAAUUGAACUGGUUGGAGCAAUGAGAACCCACUAUAUACUAUUAGAUCCAAAAGCCUUCGCUAAGGCUUGAACAGCGUCUGUUAUCAACUGUCUGCCCACUUCCAAGGCCCUGCUAAUGUUCAAUGUAAUCCGCAAUGUGAGAAGAUGACUUGAACUUACCC